CGCCCAUUGAGAUCGCGAGCGCGAGGGAAGAUGCUGAAGUUCGUGUUGCUGGUCAACAAACAGGGCCAGACGAGGCUCAGUCAGUACUACGAAUACGUACCAGUGGAAGAGAGGGUGACGACCGAGGCCGAUAUCGUCAGGAAAUGCCUCUCGAGGAACGAGGAGUCGGUACAAGACGACCUUACUUCUUGUUGGCUGGGUGUUGUCUAUGUGUCUUCUGCAGUGCUCGUUCAUGGAGUACAAGAACUUUAAGGUUGUCUUCCGUCGCUACGCCUCUCUCUACUUCAUAGUUGGUGUGGAUAACUCAGAGAAUGAACUAAGUAUACUGGAGUUCAUCCACAACAUCGUCGAGACGUUUGACAGAUAUUUUGAGAGUGUGUGUGAAUUGGAUGUAUCCCCAUUGCAUACUGUUGUUUAUGCAUCCAAAAUUUCAAUAGGUUUUUAGAGCAUCAGUAGAAGUGUCCUAUGUGCUGUAAGUUCCUUGACUAGGUUGGUCGAUGACAGAUAAUGUUCAAUAUUGACCGAGCUCACAUGAUGCUGGACGAAAUGAUCGUCAACGGCAACAUUGUGGAGACAAACAAGAGCAGAGUGCUCGCCCCCAUCGCUGUACUCGACAAGUCCAACAGAUGACGUCACUCUCUCUACUAUAUAUAGCUCAGACCUCCUUUCUCUCCCUCUGAACACUCUGACUGGUUAAUCAUUCCACUUUUUCCUACUAAAAAUGCAUCAAAUCGUUUUGACUGAUGCUGUUUGCUCAUAUUAUUAUGUCCCAUUGGCUGCU